CCGAUCAGCCGCGCAUGCCCGCGCUGCUCUCACACGCAGCGAGUGGCAGAGCACCGAGUGGCAGCGCACCGCGCCGCCGUCCCAGCCAGCCCGCAGUGCCGUCCAGCGCGCCGUUCAAUGGUCUGCCCGCCGGAGCCGUGAGCGGGGCACCACAGCACGUCCAAGCGCCGUCUGCACUCGCGCCUCCGUCCUCCAGCACGUCCGCCGUCCAGCUCCGCCUGCGCAUACCCCGUGGUGCACGCCGGCCCUGCGCUGAUCAGGCACGCCCGCAUCCCGCGACCACCGCGCCCCCGCCGCCAUGUCGUCCGCCAUCGAGACCGAGGACCUGGAGGAGCUCUCGCUGAGCAUGCCCGCCCCGCGCCGCGGCGGCGCCAGCACCACCAAGACGGUCGAGUUCCAGGCCGAGCCCGUCCUGCCCGCGCCCGCCGUCGAGCCGAACAAGGCGCGCGACUCCAAGGCCAGCCAGCGCCUCGGCCAGUACACCAUCGUCAAGACCCUGGGCGAGGGCUCGUUCGGCAAGGUCAAGCUGGCCACCCACCAGGUCAGCGGCCAGAAGGUCGCCCUGAAGAUCAUAAACCGCAAGAGGCUGGUGACGCGCGACAUGGCCGGCCGCAUCGAGCGCGAGAUCCAGUACCUGCAGCUGCUGCGCCACCCGCACAUCAUCAAGCUGUACACCGUCAUCACCACCCCCACCGAGAUCAUCAUGGUCCUGGAGUAUGCCGGCGGCGAGCUCUUCGACUACAUCGUCAACAACGGCCGCCUGCAGGAAGACAAGGCCCGCAAGUUCUUCCAGCAGAUCGUCUGCGCCGUCGAGUACUGCCAUCGCCACAAGAUCGUGCACCGCGACCUGAAGCCCGAGAACCUACUGCUGGACGACCAGUACAACGUCAAGAUCGCCGACUUCGGCCUGAGCAACAUCAUGACCGACGGCAACUUCCUCAAGACGAGCUGCGGCAGUCCCAACUACGCCGCCCCCGAGGUCAUCUCUGGAAAGCUGUACGCGGGCCCCGAGGUCGAUGUCUGGAGCUGCGGUGUCAUCCUCUACGUCCUCCUCGUGGGACGCCUGCCGUUCGACGACGAGUACAUCCCCACGCUGUUCAAGAAGAUUGCCGCCGGAAACUACAGCAUCCCGAACUACCUGUCCCCCGGCGCCGUCUCGCUGAUCAAGAAGAUGCUCAUGGUCAAUCCCGUCCACCGCAUCACCAUCGGAGAGAUUCGCAUGGACCCCUGGUUUACUCAAGACUUGCCCAACUACCUCGAGCCCCCGAUCCAGGAGUUCUUCGACACCGGCAUCGAUCCAAACAAGGCCAUCGACCCCAAGGCCGUCGCCCCGUCGCAGCCAGCCCCGGUUGUCCAGAAGCUGCACGAAAGCGUUGUCUCGAAGCUGGGCAAGACGAUGGGCUACGCAAAACACGACGUCCAGGAGGCGCUGGCGCGCGACGAGCCAAGCGCCAUCAAGGAUGCGUAUCUGAUUGUCCGCGAGAACCAGAUGAUGAAGGCAAAUCCACUCCUGACGAACGAGCAAAACAUGCAGCCGUUCAUGGCAUCAUCGCCUCCCACCGGUCACGACUAUCUCAGUCAGUCCAUACCGCAGAUCAUGGCCGGUGGCUCUCGACCGCAGAUUAUCCCGCCUCCUUCAGCCGAACACGAACGUGCACGACAAGGCUCGAACGCGAGCAGUCAGCUUGCAAGCAUCCGCAGCCCUAUCAGCACCAUCGCCAUCCUGCCUAGCAGUCUCACGGAGUAUCACACAGCCUACAUGAAGGGCCACCCAAGACAUGCUGCCCCAACUCAAGGUCUCGAGGGGUCACCGUCUGGACAGACCGAGGAACAGCGCGCCGCUAAUGCUCGACGACUGAAGCCGAAUUUCCGCACCCUCCCAGAUCCGCAACGGCCCCGGCCUGAACCCAUGACAGCUCUACCAGCAAAGAAAGCAAGACCCACCAAGUGGCAGUUUGGCAUUCGGUCGCGGAAUCAGCCUGCUGAAGCCAUGCUCGCAAUCUUCAAGGCUCUCAAGGCUAUGGGUGCCGAUUGGGAAGUCCCGGAGCAGCGCAAGGCCGGGGAAAAAGAUGGCUCUCGCAGCGGAUCCCGCGGCUCACAACAACCGUCGGCGUCGCAGUCACGAACACACUCACGAGGCUCGUCGAUAUCAUCGCAUUCCUCAGAAGGUGCCACGCGCUCUGACGACGAGGGCUCGCCCCACCGCAAACCCCUCUCAGUGCGCAACGCGGACUCGGAGGAGCCCCGCGGCCGCCAGAAGCACCACUACAACCACACAAACGACUGGGGCUACCGCAUCCCCGAAGACCCAUGGGUGAUCAACGCCCGCUUCCGCAAAGACGGCAUGUUCCCGCCCGGCGUCGCGCACCCCUCGUCGACACACUCCAGCCGCGUCGACCUCCACCGCGACCCCGAAUCACGCCGCCGCAGCUCCACCACAACCAGCACCUCCAGCCACGCUGUCGACGGCAUGACCCACGCCGACUCCUCCUACGACCCCGACUACCCCGCCCCCGACGAAGCCGUCUGGAUCUACAUGAGCAUCCAGCUGUACUCGAUCGACCGCGACUUUUUCGUCGUCGACUUCAAGUGCGCCGGCUACGAGCGCCUCGUGUCCAACCUCGUGCGCGAGAUCAAGGCGAACCCCAACCUCGACGAGGCGGACUUUUCGUCGAGCCACCGCAGCAAGCACAUGCACGAGGACGGCUGGGACGACGAGCAGGGCGUGUGGCGGCGUCUGGACGACGGCGAGCCGCUGCCCGAGGACGUGGCGAGCGAGUUGCGCGGCGGCCGCGGCGUGUUGCGCGAGCGCACCGAGGAGGUCGGUGUCGGCCGUACCGAGGGCGAGAAGGUGUGCACGAGUCCGUUUCCGUUCCUGGACGUGGCGAGCACGCUUAUCCUGCAGCUGAGCGGGGAGUAGUGCGCGCAGAGGACUGUAGAAGAGUGUGGGAAAAGAUGUAGAUGCAGAUGCAGAUGCAGAUGCAGACGCAGACGCAGACGCAGACGCAGACGCAGAUGCAGAAGCAGGAUCUCGGAGAAUUACUGUGGGUUUUGCAAAGACUAUAGAUAGACCGGCGUAGCGAAUUCACGCGCAGCACUAGAUGCUUAAUACUCUCUGA